AUGGGUUUUUUCGCUAACAUCAAACACACAUACGGCAGUGAGGCACACCACCUACUGAAGAAGUUGUUCAAUGACACUAUGAAGUUGGCUGCAAUAAAGAACAGACGCAUUUUCUUACUACAGUGCAGAUACAAAACGGUGUUCCCCAAGCAUAUAACCAACAAUAUUGGUUGUUUACUACCUUUACAGACUGAGAAACACCCAUUCAAGAAAAAUGUUGAUGAGAUCUUGAACAAACUUAAGAAAUCGGCUUUAAAUAUUGAGAUUGAUAUAACUGAGUGGAAAUAUAGACAACUCCUAAGCUCCACACGAUUGCAGAGGGGUCAACUGAAGCUUCUCUUGCCUGAGAGUAUAUUUGUGAACACUCUGAAAGCCAUUGAAACCAAAUUCAAUGUAGAAUUUGAACGUAUUAAGAGGGGAAAUAUCAGGAAGAUCGAAGACCUAUUGAGGAAUACAGCGGACGUACUUGUUGCAGAUGGGAAUGGCUUCAUACAUAACUAUACACAGACUGUAUUACCCGGGCCAGUCCAGAGAAUUUUAUCGUUGGGGCCACAGUUUGGCCUUCCCUUGUCGAACUCAGAAAUUCCAAUCCACAGCGUCAUAAAAGAUCUAGAAUAUUGUAUUCACAACUGCCAGAAUGACGAAACUGAGAAAAAUAGAAUAAGAGCCUUUACCACUAACAUCUUAACCAAUUUUUGUAGACAACAUGUGAACCUGAAAUCCGAGAGGAGACUGAUGAAAGAGGUGAACGAGACUAAACAUUUUCUCAGACUCCAUAAUGACAUUUUAGUGGGGAGAUCAGACAAGGGUAAUUCAACGGUGAUAAUGUUCGUGAAAGAAUAUGAGGAUAAAAUGUUGGAAAUGCUUGCAGACCGAAAUACAUAUAAGCCAAUGGAUAAAGACCCAACCAAGAAAUAUCAAGAACGAGUGAAUGGUUUCGCCAAGAGGUUACUUGAAGAUGGAUACAUAGACAAAACAAAGAGUAAAAUGAUCAGUAUCCACAAUGCUGUUCCGCCGAAGAUUUAUGGACUAAGAAAAACUCACAAGGACACUUUCGCUUUGAGACCCAUUGUAAGCUGCAUUAAUGCCCCCUGUUAUAACUUGGCGGUCUUUUUACACGAGAUCUUAGCGCCAGUGACAACAACAUUCAAGUAUGAAGUUAAGAAUUCAUUUGAGUUUGUCAAUUCAGUGAGUUGUAAACAAAUACCUGUCAACUACAGACUCGUAUCGUUGGACGUGGUCUCCUUGUUCACGAACAUUCCCAAGAAUCUGGUUGUCAGUAUUUUAUCAAAACGGUGGCCAUUCAUAUCGGCUUACACAAACAAUCCUCGCAAACUUUUUCUUGAAAUGAUAGAAUUCUAUUUCGAUUCAAGUUACUUCCUAUUCAGAGGGACGAUAUAUUCACAGUUGGAUGGUAGUGCCAUGGGGAACCCAUUGAGUCCUGUAUUGGCUAGAUUUGUGAUGGAUGAGCUGAUCGGUGAGGUGUUGACGAGACUUCCUUUUGACAUCCCGUUUUUCUGGUUGUAUGUGGAUGACUCUUUCGCGGCAGUUCCCGAGAGAGAUAUUGACAGUGUUCUGAAGUGUUUCAACGAGUUUCAUCCGAAACUUCAGUUUACUUUGGAGAAGGAGAGAAAUUGUAAACUUUCCUUUCUUGAUGCUGAGGUACAUAGGACUGGAUCAGAUGCAUUAGUUCUUUCGUCGCGGUGGAGGGUCGUCGGCGCGAUGCAGAAGCUGGGUGCGUUAGAUAUUUCAGAUUCCCGUUCGUCAAUGGACUCUCACAAAGAAUAA